UUCCUUUUUAUUCAGUCCGGUGAGACUGCAUUAGAGUUGAAUCUGCUAUUGCUUUUAAGUAGCUUCGAAUGUGGUGGGAUUUUCUUGGUGCACUUUUUGCAUGGAUUGUUUUUCUUGUUGAUUUGAUUGCAUUCGGAUGGUAAGUCUUUAAAUUUUUAUCUUUAUUUUUAUUUUUAAAAAUUUUAAUGGCUUCAUUGUGUGAAUUGAUUUCUGUUGUAUUUAUUUAUGGUUUUUGAUUAGAUGUAUUUUCCUUGAUCCUUGGUUAGAAAUGGAUUAGAGAACUUUUAUCAGCAUUUAGGAAUUUGAUGGUCUUAGCUUAGGGUGCAUUUGGGAUUAUAUUUCUAUUGAGUGGGAUGGGUCUUUUUCCAACUUCUACAUUUCCUAGACUCUGCAUAUCAUUUGGGCAGAACUGUUUCUGCUGGACUGGCAAUUUGGAUGCUUUUCCCAAUGCACGUUUACCUUUCUAUAUUACCAACUGAAUGGGGGAUUUUAUAUAUGGCUAUGGGUAUUAUAUGAUGCAAUGUAGUCAAGGCAAUUCAUGCAUCUCGCGUAGUAUUUCAAAAAGAAGAUAGGUGGUCCGUGGAUCCCAAUCAUCUUUUAUUUAUUUAUUUAUCAUUAUUAUUAUUUUUUGCACAGGGCCCUUUACACAUGGCUAUGGGUUUUUGGUGAUUUUGUAGAUGUCAGAUGCAAAACUGAGAACCAGUUUGAUUCCUGAUGCAAUGAAGUCUGAGCAGAAGACUGCGAAGGCAGAGAAGGAAGUAGAUGACUCCCUUGAUACUUUCAUUGGGCAAGCAAUAGGGAAAGUUCCUUUUCUUUCUUUCUCAAGGGAUCGUGAAAGUCCAAUUCAGUGGAUCCAGUUACUUCAGACUUUAGAUCCACAAGGAGCUAACAAGCUUUCUAAAGGUCCAAGGGUUAAUAACACUAUAGAAGGGAAGGAACGACCUCUAGAACAUGGCAGUGGUAUGAACUCAUAUGUAUCUAAGAUGAAUGGUGUAAAGGAAUCGGUUCCCUCUAAAAAGUGUAGUGGAGUCCCUAUAAAGGGGACACAAAGCACCUCUAAACAAAUGCAAACUCUCAAAAUUCCUGAGGCUGUUGUUGCCUUGGCGCAAGCUGCUGCUAAGGUCAAUGUUGAGCCUGAAAAUGUGUGUCAAGUGUCACAAGCAGGUCUCCCAGGCUGGCCUUUGUUGUCUCCUCCUAAGAUGUCAGAUGCAAAACUGAGAACCAGUUUAAUUCCUGAUGCAAUGAAGCCUGAGCAGAAGACUGCGAAGGCAGAGAAGGAAGUAGAUGACUCCCUUGAUACUUUCAUCGGGCAAGCAAUAGGGAAAGUUCCUUUUCUUUCUUUCUCAAGGGAUCGUGAAAGUCCAAUUCAGUGGAUCCAGUUACUUCAGACUUUAGAUCCACAAGGGAAGGAGCGACCUCUAGAACAUGGCAAUGGUAUGAGCUCAUUUGUAUCUGAGAUGAAGGGCGUAAAGGAAUCUGCUCCCUCUAAAAAGUGUAGUGGAGUCCCCAUCAAGGGGACACAAAGCACCUCUGAACAAAUGCAAACUCUCAAAAUUCCCGAAGCUGUUGUUGCCUUGGCCCAAGCCGCUGCUAAGGCCAAUGUUGAGCCUGAAAAUGCGUGUCAAGUGUCAAAAGCAGGUCUCCCAGGCUGGCCUUUGUUGUCACCUCCUAAGGUGCAAAAGUGUGAUAAGUGCUUCCGAGAAUUUUGCUCGUCCAUCAACUAUAAGCGCCACAUAUGUGUUCACCGACAAUCAUUGAAUAUCAAUGAGGACUCUCUGAAGAACAGAGAUUCCCUGGGUGCAUUUUGGGACAAGCUCUCUUUGGAUGAAGCAAGGGAAAUUGUAUCAUUCAAGAGUGUGAAACUUGAGGAAGUUGCUGGAUCUUCUAUCAUAAGAGCAUUGAUGUCAUUCAUCCGAAGACCGGGGUCUUGUUCAGUGCCACAAAUUUACGUAAAGGCUGGUGCAGCUCUUUUGGAUGUUGUCCAAGCUAGCCCUUCCAGAUUUCCUAUAUCUUCUAAGGAAUUAUUCAGUAUACUUGAUGAUGCUAGUGAGAAGACCUUCUUAUGUGCUGGAACAGAUGCAUCCAUUCAAAAUUUUGUUUUUGAUGAAGCAGGGAAGAUUGGUCUUGAGACGAAGAAUCUUAUUGCUUGCACCAGUUUUCUGGUGGAACAGAAACUGGUUAAAGCGUGGCUGGCUGAUAAGGAUGAAGAAAUUCUAAGGUUAAAGAAGCUGCUCAUGGCGGAAAAGGAAGCUGCACGGAAAAGGUGUCUCUUCUGUUCCAGAUUAAUAAACAGCGACUCUUGUCAGUUUAAAACCAUUUAAAAAAAUGGUGGUGCCAACUAUACACCGGUAUACGUGUAUGGCAAUCCAAAUUGCUCACCUAGCUGUGGAUCGAGCAUAGCCAAAAAAUUAUACAGAAGAUAAUAUUUUAUAUUUUAUAUUUUUAUUUUUGAGAGGAAACAACAAUUUAUUAUAAAGCCUGCGAAGCGGGAAAAGAAUACAAAGCAGAAAAGAGAAAUAACAUCAUGAAA